AUGCCAAAUCUGCAGUUGGAAAUACAGGGCAAAGGGUCCCUCCCAUCAGGAGAAGGAGCUGGCAAGGCCUGUGGAGGCUGCCGGCACCUCAGGCCCAUGGGCAGACUCCAGUCCCCACAGCAUGGCAGGUCCCUGAAGGGUGCAAGUUCUUCCGCAUCCCUGCUAGACAAGCCUCCGGCCCCUCCUGCUGCCGCGCGCCCCGCCCCUCGCGCCCAGCCCCGCGUGGGCCCGCACCUGCUCCGCCAGAGGGCACCCUGGGACCGCCGCCCGGCGUCCUCGUCCCAGCAGCUAGAUCUCCUGCAGGGGAGAGUCGUCCUCCCACCGCCGCGGACCCACCAGCGGGAAGGCGGGACACCCGUGCACAACGAAGCAGGCUCUGUACGCAGUGGUCAUUGGCGCACCACACCUCACCCUGCCCGCAGUCGGCAUUUCUGGAGUUUGCCCCCCAGGUAUGCCAUCCAGGAAGACCACGAGCACAACGGGGUGGUUAUAGGCAAGACCGAAGAUGUCAGCCCUUGCCAAAGGAAGGUUAUGGAGAGUGGUGGGGUUGUGUACAUGAAAGACCUCCCAGUCUACACUCAGAAAAGGAUCGUCCACCAUUCUGCCCUGUCGGUUUUCAUCUGCUGCUCUGGACCUUCUUGCUGCGGUUCAGGCAGAGGCUGUGAUGACAUCAGGAAGAUUGGCCAGAAUGAUCCUAUCAAAAAGUAAGCUCUGCAUGGGAAACAUGGUGGCCAAGACAAAAGUUGUCUUUCGACACUAUUCCAAGUGACAAGACUUCAGACAUGAAUAAGAAGAAUCUCUUCUGAUGGUUAAAUUAAGCCACUCACCAAAUAAAUGUAAUGUUGGUGUUGAUGAAUGCUUGAAGAAAAAUGAGGCCAAGCAGGGUGAUUUCAUGUGAGAAAGAGUAUUAAAGAGAGGCUGAUCAGGAGAACUAUGCAGAGGUAACAGAUGAGCAGAGACCUGAAACAAGUGAUGGGAAAAGCCUCAAGAAGCUUGAGGAAGAGUGUUCUAAGCAGAGGGACUGGCGACUGCAAAGGCCCUGAGGGAAGAACAAGGUAGGAUGUCAAAGAGUGGGAAGAAGCCACUCAGCAAGAAAGACUGAAGGCCAAUGACAAGCAAAACCCAGCAGUCUAGAGCAUUAGAGGUCCUGGUAAAGACUUUGGGUUUAACUUGGAAUGUGUUGGAUAAUAAUGCAAUGAAUAUGACUUACAAUUUUGAAAGAUAAUUCUGGCUGCUUUCGAGGGGACAAGAACAAAAGUGUUCAAAUAGGGGCUAUUGCAGCACGUUUGGAAAGAGUUGAUGCUUAUUUGGACUAAGGUAUGAUGGAGGAGGUGAGAAAUGUUUAGGGGGAGAGCUUGAAGUUGAUGGGUUAGACAUGGUAUGUGGGAGAGAGAAGGGGCUUUGCCUGAACAGUCUGGUGAUUGGCUAGGGGAUUACUGAGAUGGGGAACAUUGGAGCAGGAACAGGUGUGGGGGGAGGGGGGGAAUCAGGAGCUCAUCUUCCACAGGGUGAGUUUGAGAUGCCCAUUUAAUGCCCAAAUGGCAGUACGAAGUGGGCCAUUAAAAGUGCAAAUCUGGAGCUCAAGUGAGAGAUUCGAGUGAAGAUAUAAAGCUGGGAAUCAUAAGCAUAUAGAUUGUAUUUAAAGUCAUGGUAUUGAUUGAAAUUAUUCAAAAAGUGAGCAUGGAUCAAGAAGAAAAGAGGUCACAGAGGGAGCCCUGGGACACUCCAGCACAGGGAUCAGGAAGAUGAGGGCAUCCUGCAAAGAAGGCAGGGAAGGAAUAGCCACAUCCCUACUUGACGAUAGAGAUACUGAGCCCUGAAAGGGGCUCCUUUCUGGCCCACAAGUCCCCCCACCUUCAUCCCAACCUUAAGCCCAGUGCAGCCUUCUCUUCAGCCAGCAAUGCAUUUAAAGGGAUUAAUCCAGAAUCAGUUUAGGACAUUGUAACACUCUACACAUAUUCAUUAAAUAGUAUGUACAAGUGGAUGAAUAGAUGACUAUUGACAGAUUUUAUUUUAUUCCUCCUUAAAUACUUAUUUAUAAAUAUUUGCUUGCAUUUGAUUUUUCUCCCUGGAGAAAAGAUUGCACUUGCUUUGUUUUAAGGUCUAUCAGAGAAAAUUUUUGCUGAAGCCAGAAAUCUUUUCUGUUAGCUUUUGAUGGCAUAAGCCUUGGAGAACUUUAUAAAGUAAUAAUGAAAACAUUUGUUCUUAAAGAAAGGGAUAUGCAAAUUUUAAAUCUUACAAUUUCACUGGAUAAGAUAUUAGAGGUACCAUAUAUUAAUAUUCAUUUACUGAUUUCAUUAUGAAACCAAAACUUAUGUAAUGCUUAUUUGUACAAAGAGCUGCAUGUAGGAUAUGGUAAUUGAUAUUCCAGUAAGAACAGUAAUGAAAAUUAGUAGUAAUAUGUGUCAGGUCCAAAGGCUUUUACAUGCAUUUCGUUUUUUGUUUUUUUUUUUAAUCUUUAUUACUGAGAGACAGAGAGAGACAGAGCAUGAGCAGGGGAGGGGCAGAGAGAGAGGAGGAGACACAGACUCUGAAGCAGGCUCCAGGCUCUGAGCUGCCAGCACAGAGUCUGACGUGGGACUCGAACUCACACAAAUAGGGAGAUCAUGACCUGAGCUGAAGUUGGACGCUCAACCGACUGAGCCACCCAGGCGCCCUGCAUUUCCUUUUUGUUCAUGAUUCUCAUGGCAUCCUGUGAGAAUCAUACUAUUAUUACCUGUUUUGUACAAAAUAAAAAUUCUAAGAGUUACAUAACAUUCUGGUAGUCAAAUGAUUAGAAUUGGGCAGAUUUGAACCCAGCUCUGUAUGU